AUGGUGGAAGAGAUUGACUGGAAUACUUUUAAGGAGGAAUUUUACAAAAAGUACUUCCCUAGAACUGUUCGUGAUGCUAAAGAAAUGGAACUGAUGCAGUUGACGCAGGGGAAUAUGUCAGUAGCAGAAUAUACUCGGAAAUUUGAGGAUUUGUGCCGAUUCUCUAAGAUCUGUCAAGGAAAUCCAGAUGAUUUUGAAGAAUGGAAGUGUUUAAAGUAUGAAGGAGGACUUCGCGACGAGCUGAUGCAUUCAUUAGUCCCGCUGGAGAUACGAAAUUUCGCAGAGCUUGUCAAUAAGAGUCAGCUGAUGGAAGAUUGUGAACAUAAGAUGGCAGCAUCAAGGAUGGGAUGGCAUGCGGUACAGCGGAAAGUUGAUUUUAAGGUACCAGGAGUACCUAUGCGAGGGAACCAACAAGUUAGAAACUUCCCUACGCACUCUACAACUGGGAAUGGAAAUAGGCCAAGACAGGAUACCGGUAAGCAACCUCAGCAGCAGAGUCAGGAGGGCCCAACGUGUAGGCAAUGUGGAAAGAAUCACCCUGGUAGGCCUUGUUAUCUUGGACUGAGAGUCUGCUACAACUGUGGUGAACUGGGGCAUAUAGCAAGCAAUUGUCCAGAAAAAUUGGUACAAGGAAUAGCUAAAUCGCAACAGCCAGGGAGGGUAUUUGCAGUAACUGCUGAAGAUGCUCGUACUCAGACUCCCUGA